UCCCAUAAUGCUAACUAAUUAAUGCGGCGAAAGAUUUUGGCUGAGAAGAGUUGUAAGUUAUAGGGUAGGGCGUGAAUUUGUUGUGGUUUUGUCUUAAUUUGUGAAUUAUCUGUGCUGCAGGUUAUCUGUUUUGAACAUAAGUUUAUCAAGAUUUUACAUAUGCUGUAAAAUCUGCCGAAAAAUCUUCAGUUUGUGAGCUUUAGAGGCAUUUUGUUAUCGCCAGUACAAGCAAAACACACCUAUUUUUCUGACAAAACGGAGAAAACAAAGUUCAUAGAUAGAGGUCAUAUUUUUAAGAGAGAUAAUGAGUAUAUAGAAUCAAAAUUAAAAGUCACGAGAUUAUAGCUACUAGCCUGGGUAGCAGAGGAAGUAUAUAACUGUUAUUUUUGGGUGUAAGGCUUACUACAAUGGCUGAUCCGGCAGAAUGCAGCAUCAAGGUUGUGUGUCGUGUACGUCCCAUGAACGAUGCAGAAUUGAAGUCAGGUUCAAAGUUUAUCGCCAAAUUUCCAAAGGACGGAGAGCUAAUAUUAGGGGGUAAAAACUACAUGUAUGAUCAUGUCUUCAAACCAAAUGUCACCCAACAGGAGGUGUAUGAAAAGGCAGCCAGCGCUAUUGUCAAAGAUGUUUUGGAAGGCUACAAUGGAACAAUCUUCGCAUAUGGUCAGACUUCAAGUGGAAAAACACACACAAUGGAGGGUGUUACAAGUGAACCAAACCUGAUUGGUAUAAUUCCAAGGAUAGUGCAAGAUAUUUUCAACCAUAUUUAUGCAUUGGAUGAAAACUUGGAAUUCCAUAUAAAGGUUUCCUAUUUUGAAAUUUAUCUAGACAGAAUUAAAGAUUUAUUAGAUGUUUCAAAGACCAACCUAUCGGUUCAUGAGGACAAGAAUCGUGUACCCUACGUGAAGGGGGUCACCGAACGCUUUGUAUCUAGCCCAGAUGAGGUCAUGGAGGUCAUCGAUGAAGGAAAAUCCAACAGACACAUAGCAGUAACAAAUAUGAAUGAACAUAGCUCCCGUAGUCACAGCAUUUUUCUCAUUAAUGUAAAACAAGAGAAUCUGGAAACCCAGCAGAAACUUAGCGGAAAACUCUACCUUGUAGAUUUGGCUGGUAGUGAAAAAGUAAGCAAGACAGGUGCAGAAGGAGCUGUUUUAGAGGAAGCCAAAAAUAUUAACAAAUCAUUGUCUGCUCUUGGAAACGUCAUAUCGUCUCUAGCAGAUGGAAAAAAAUCUCAUAUACCUUAUCGUGACAGUAAGAUGACAAGAAUCCUUCAGGAAUCCUUGGGAGGAAACGCCAGGACCACCAUCAUCAUUUGUUGCUCACCAUCUUCCUACAAUGAAACUGAAACUAAAUCCACGCUAAUGUUUGGACAAAGAGCAAAGACCAUUAAGAAUACAGUGACUGUUAACUUGGAGUUGACCGCCGAAGAGUGGCGUGCACGUUAUGAAAAAGAAAAAGAGAAGAACGCCUCAUUGAAAGCCCGUUUACACAAGCAGGAAAUAGAGCUGAAACGAUGGAGAGCAGGAGAUAGUGUGCCAGAGGAAGAAAGAAUUGACAACUCUCCAGAUGAAGUAGUAUCUCUACCAGUUACUCAAGUAGAAACAAUCUCCAAUGAAGACAGGGAGAAGUGGGAGCAGGAGCGCACCGAUCUUUAUAAGUUGCUAGAUAGUAAAGAUAGUGAAAUAGAUGCAUCUAGCCAGAUGGUUGAAAGACUACGUCAACAGAUGCUGGAGCAGGACGACAUGGUACAGGGAUGUCGCCAAGACAAUGAUGGUCUACAGGUAGAGAUGCAGCGGAUCCAGUCUGAAAACGAGGCAGCAAAAGAGGAGGUGAAAGAGGUCCUGCAAGCAUUGGAGGAACUAGCCGUCAACUACGAUGAGAAAUCUAAGGAAGUUGAAGACAAACGUAAAACAAAUGAACAGUUGAAUGAUGAAUUGAAUGAAAAAUUGACGGAGUUGAGUAGUACUUCUGUUAAGUACCAGAAGUUACAAGACAUGGAACAGCAUCAACGGAAGAGGGUGGCAGAGAUGAUGUCCAGCCUUCUGAAGGAUCUUGGAGAGAUUGGUGUCGCAGUUGGAGGCACUUCCCUUGAUGCCAAGAUAACCGAAAAUGCAGAAAAAGUUGAUGAGGAGUUCACAAUGGCACGUCUGUACGUCAGCAGGAUGAAAUCGGAAGUGAAAUCUCUGGCAAGUCGUUGCAAAGCACUAGAAACCUCUACAGCAUCAUUUUCCAAAAGAGUGGAAGAAUCCGAGUCAGAGCUAGCUGAGUGCAAGCUUACCAUUAUGCAGCAUGAGGCAAAAAUGAAGUCCUUGACCACUAACAUGAGGGAGUUAGAACAGAAAAAGAGACAGCUUGAAGAAGAGACAGACCUUCUGAGAGACAAGUACGCUGAACUCCAGGCAUCUCAGGAUAUGCGUGAUGAGCUGUUGGACUCUAAGGAGAAGGAACAUUCCGAGAAGAUCCAGAAUGCUAAUGAGAUGAAAGCAGCAAUGGAAGAACAACUAGAGAGUCAUCGAGUAGCUCAUCAGCAACAAUUAUCCGCUCUUAGGGCCGAAAUUGCCGAUAAAGAAAGACAGAUCGAGGAUCUUGAAGAUGCUAAUCAGCGUUUAUCAUUAGCUCAUGAGAAGUUAAAACUUGAUUAUGAAAAACUGAAAGCUGAGGAGGCGGAGAAGGCUAAGAGGCUAUCUGAGCUCAGCCAACAGUUUGAUCGUCGUGAGCAGGCGAAGCAGGAUUUGAAAGGACUUGAAGAAACGGUCGCCCGUGAACUACAGACCCUGCACAAUCUGCGAAAGCUCUUCGUUCAAGACUUGCAGUCACGCGUCAAGAAGGCUGUAGAGGGUGGAGAUCGUGAUGAGGACUCCGGCGGCAGCCAUGCACAAAAGCAGAAGAUCAACUUUUUGGAGAAUAACCUGGAGCAACUGACCAAAGUCCACAAGCAGCUUGUUCGUGAUAAUGCUGAUCUCCGCUGCGAGCUUCCUAAAUUGGAAAAACGUCUAAGAGCAACCGCUGAACGUGUCAAGGCUUUGGAGACUGCCCUCAAGGAUGCCAAAGAAGGCGCAAUGAAAGACCGCAAGAGGCGUGACAGCAAAUUCUUCGGAAGUGAGAACCUUACUGGAUACCAACAAGAAGUGGACCGUAUCAAGGAAGCUGUGAGGCAGAGAAACUCCAAGAGACUGCACAGUGCACAGAUAGUUAAGCCUGUUGUACGUCCAGGUCAGCAACAUCAUGCUGGCUCACCCCAUGGCAUUCGAGGUGGAGGAGGAAUCCGAGGUGGAAGUGGACAUGUUUCACCAAACCAGAAUAACACCGCAUAUAGAAAUACAAGCCAUAGUUCAUUGGAGCAUUUACCAGGACACACCCGAGGAGAGAGCCCUCGCCGGGAUCAUCAUAAUCGACAUUCUCAUUCUUCCAGGUCUUCCUCGCGGUCAGGCUCAACUGACUCACUUUCAAUGUCUAACCAUGUGAACAACAGUCACCAGAAUGCAGAUAGCUCUGAUAAGAGAAAGAAAUUGCCAAACAUACCCCCUGGAGGCAGGUUGACCGAUGCCGAUAUUCAGGCAAUGAGAGCAAGAAACAAAAGGGGAGGAGCCUCCUCCAAUCCUUCUGUAGUUGGUAAAUUAACUGAGGCUGAUAUAAGGGCAAUGAAGGCAAGGAACAAAAAAGGAGCAAACUCAGAUACAUCCAGGAAGCCAUUGUCAACCAAUGAAACCUACUAGCUGAGUGAAGCAACAUCAGGAUGUGUUCAAGAUGACUAAUCACCUGACCUAAUCCAUUCACUUAUUCUCAUCUGUUAAUCCCUUAAAAAAACAGAUUCACAAUGAAAAAAAUCCCAAUUCAGUAGUUGUAUGUUGAUAAUACAUGGUUGUAAACUGAAUUUGAAGGUCAGAAGGGUUCUUAACACAGAGAAAAAUCAUUGCAAUCUUCAGAAACAGAUCCAGAAAAAAAUAUUGAAAGCUGAUAUACAAGAUGUAUCCAUUUGUAAUUCCAAAUAUUUCAUCUCCAGUUGCUUAUCCCAACUCACAAACCCAGGUAAUAACAAUCUUGCGGUAAUCUACCAGAUCUGAAUGCUACUCGGUUUGUUUCAACCUUUUACUAGAUUUUUAGUGAUAAGAUUUAAUGUUGAAGUAAAAUAACUGUUAAGAUGUUAAAUAAAGACAUCUAGUUAAGUCAAACCACCAAAUAUCAGUUAUAAAAACUGAAAUCUUAGGAGAAGUUUGUAGUUAAGAGUUGUUGCAAGUGUAAAUUUGUAAAAUCUUUUAGAUGUAAAGUGGGUUUAAAGGGGUAAAUCAGGCUAAAGAAAUAGGAAAUUAAAUGUUUAAUGGCUGUAUAUGUGAUAUCAUUCAUUCACAUGCAUUUAUACAUUCUUUUUUAUUUGCUUAGAUGACAUAUCAGGAACAUAUCUGAUUUAGCAUUUCCUUAUGCUAAAAACCACCUUCUAGUAGAUGUUGCUAUAUCCUCAUAUUUUUAACUCACAUAUUAUCCUCCUUUUUACCAAAAGCCAUACAAAUAUUUUCAAAACAAAUUGGUAAUUGUCAGACCAUGUGACCAUACAAAACUAUUAACAUCAUGUGACCAAGUUUGUAAUCCACAAUAGUGGUGGAUUCAAAUUAAUUUCCCCCCCCCCAAAAAAAAAUUAAAAAAAUUUCAAAAUUAUUUUUUAAAAUGGAGAAAAAAGGAGAAUAUUCAUCAAAUUUAGGUCUGAGAGUGCUAUUUCUGGCCAUCUAGAGGUGCCAUAAUCAUAAAUUUCUUACCUGAACUCCAGCCAUUUUGGGGCCCCUAGGCCCCUCUAUUUUGACUUCCUGGAUCCACCACUGCUAAAAAAGUAAGAUGGUGAAAUCUAGUUCAGCAGUGAUCAAACCAAUCUCAGUACUGAUCUCUGUCCUGGGGGUCUCUAACCCUGGUGGUCCCAGUCUAUGAUGGAAAGGUAAUCCAAAAUUAGCUAAUUGAAAUCAAGUUGUUAGGCUGUUUUAACAUUCCCAGAAUCCUUUGCAAAUGUACAUCACCUCUCAUAGUAAAUUUGUGCAAUAUUGGAUUGCUGAAGAGUUGACAAAUUUUGAUAACAAAUUUGCUCAGUUAAUUUUCAUCUAGGAUUGAUAAGUAUUAACUUGAAUCAAUCCCUCAGGCUAGUGGGAUGUGUACAGAAGAUGGUAGUGUGGUGCCUAGUCUCUCUUCUCCCUCAGGUUUUUGCAAGUAUUUAGACAAAUGCCUUGCCUCUUUUCAACUCAUCUUCAGUAUUAGCUUCAUAAACUAUAUUCUGGUGCCGGAUUAACAACAACAAAAAUAUGUAAGACCCACCUUGAAGCAUUUCAUAUCCCUGAAAAUGCUGAGCUUCGCUGAGAGAGAUUACUGUAUUUUAAAUCAAUAUAUGCAUAACUAUAUAGUACAGCAAGUGAUGAGGGCAUUAUGAUUGAUAAAUUGCAUUUCCUGUGAUUGGCGUGCAUGGUCCAAUUAAACUUUAUCCUUUUUUUAACAUUAUUUCAGUUUUAACAAAUUCAACCUUGAUUUUGUAUUUAAAAUAUAAACCUAUUUGUGGUUAUUGUAUACUUUAUUUAAGUACUUAAAAUUCCAUUUAUUUCUUCAAAUAUUCCGUUAUUACAUUAUAUUUUACAAGUGUUGAUAUGCUAGUAAGUAGAGCACACAAAAUAUACCCUUAGUCAUAGUUGAGAAUCCUAUAAGGGAGGGUCUGUAUUUGAAGCAAGCAAUGAUACUACAGGGUUGGGGAUUGCAAUCAUUAUCAUAAACACAAACUGUAAAGCUAUUCCAAAAAACAAAAAAAAAAUAUUUGGCCAUGUCUAGAAACUAGUUAAUGCUUGUGUCACAAUGUCUAGUUAUUACAAUAUGAUUUGAUGUUAAGUUCUUGUCCUCCAUUCCUAUUUUCUCCCUACUCUGAUGUGUAGUUUCAAUCCAAGAGAAACAUCAUAUCAUGAUGUGUCGUUCCAGGAUUUACAUCUUCAGAGUUUUUUUUUUUUUUAACUUUUAUACUUACUUUUUAAUCCUCUUAAGUAUUUGCAUCUUCAUUACAAUAUCCUCAUAUUUUGUUACAAAUGGCAGUGCAGUAUGUCUUAGAGAAGCAUCCUUUGAUGUGUCGUUCCAAGAUUACUGUUAUUCCUUUUGAAGGUACAAAUUCUUUAUCACAACACCCUCUGUUAAAUUUUUUUAAGAGCCUCAAAUUGAAAUGUUUGCUAUUAAAACAUUAUUAUAUAGUAUGGUACAAUAGACGGUUUAUUAUUAAUGUUUUUAUCUUAAAUUGUUCAUUAAAUCAUUGUGUGAUGAUUGCAGUCCCCUGAAUACACUGUGUUCACAAAAUGCUAGUGACUUAGAUUAAGCGACAUUAUACAAGAACCGAUUAUUGUUAUUACUAUCUAGCAAUGUGGUGAAUUAGAAAUACCAUUCUCAUAAAUUAUCCUGCCGUUGUUAUUAUAGAUAGGUAGUCCAAUAUUGUGUUACAAAAUUGAUUAGUCUUUCCCAUGAAUAUCAUCUGCUUGCUAUUCCCCUUUGCAGAUUACUAUAUAAGUAUAUAAGAACAUAGUACUGGAAUUGUAUAACAUACAUACUGUAUACUCAUUAGUUAAGGCUUGUUGCUUAAUGAUACUUGUUAUAUAUGUGGCCGUUACGCUAACGUUUAUGUAUGGAAAAUAAAUUGUGUGUGUGUGCGCUACAGUUGUAUUGUACCUUGCAUAGCAAACCAUCACAAACAGUAUAGCAACUCACAUGUACAGGUAGUUGUGCAUGUAUAUAUGUUAAUAUAAAUAUAUAUGUAUAUCGUAGAUGAAUCAAUGUUAACAGAUUAGUUUACAACCAGGUCGUUCAAUCAAUGAGGAUUCCCUUGCAAUAUUUUUUCUAUUGAGGUAAAUCAUGGAGUUUUUCUGAAUAUUUUUUUUACAAGAUAUUUUAUGUUGUUAUUGCUAUUUAUUUAUUUUGUUUUAAAUGCAUGUUCAAUUCGGAAACUCGUAUAAAAUUGCAUAAAUUAGAUUUUUUGUCGAAAUCAAGUAUGAAAUAACUUGUAAAAUAGGACAACACGAUUAACUUAUGUGAUUGACUAUAAGUUGUAUAUUGCUGAAAAAAAUCAUUUAAAAAAAAAACAUAUUUGACAGGAGGUUAGGAAAAAGGAGUAAAAUUGAUGGUUUAGUUUAUAGGUUGAUUUAAAUCAAAUGCAAUAUAUGUUAAUUAUUUUUGAUUUAUUAUGCAAAUAAGCAAUAGUAAUUCGGGUUAAUUGACCAUUGUGUAAUCCUAUAUACAUAGGUAAACUAAUUGUUUUUUUUUUUUUUUAUAAAUUUAAGGUUGCACAAUUAAUGGUUUUGGUAUAAUUUUUAAGUUGUAAUGUGUAUUAAUUAUGAUGUUUAAAAUUUAUUUUUUUUUUAAAUUAAUUUUAAAGAUAAACCUAUCUACAGUAAUUACACAAAAUGUACAUUCUUAUUGCAUAAACAAUUAGUUUUCUAUAAAAUUAAAAAUUAUUUGGAAAAAUUGGGGCCAUUUUGGUUAUUUUGGUAUGGAGUGGGAUGCGGAAUGUAUAUUGUUUUUCUUAACAAAAUUUAAGAUUUGAAUAAUGAUUCAUUGUCCAUAAAUUUCUCAUCUUUUGUGUAUUUUGUGAAUGAAGUUGAUAGAAGAAAUUGCUUGAUUGAUAAGAAUAAAUAAGAAUAUCAUAAAUUUUAAUUUACCGAUUUAGAAAAAAAAAUGUAUAUUUAAUUUGAAAUUUAUGUACAAAUCAAUCUAAUUUCCUUUUUAUUUGCUAGUUUGAAUUAAGUACAGAUUAAAGUCCUUGUAAAAAUAAAAGAAAAUGAAUGAAGAGUGAUGCUGCUGAUGCGAGCGAUGAUUAUAGUGAAUGUGAUGUAGAGAUUCAGAAAACCAACUAGGUUUGCUACAGUGAUGUCGCACUAAAUUUGAGCUAAUAAUUGACAUUGGCAGUGGACACCUUUAAAAUGCAUUGAAGCACAUUCGUUACAUAAUUUGCACAAGUAGCUAGGUAAAAUAUCCGAUCCUGGACAUUUCAACUAAUUUAUUGUACUUGCCAUUAAUUAAUCCACAACGCAUGAUUAACUCAUUAACAGGUGUUAGGUUAGAUGUCAGUGGUAUGGCCUCCUUGCAGGCUUUUGUAAACAGCACCCGCUAUCAUAUUCUGGAGCCAUCCGAGUAUGCUAGUUUUCUAAACCAGGUUUCCUUGGAAGCUUCCUGGUCUAUUAGGUAACUUUUUCUGCUAUGGUUGGUAAGAUUUAAUUAUGGAGGAGCAUUGAUAAUUCUCCCACCUUAAAAUACCAGUGAUGUCCAUGUGCUUGCAUAUCUCACAUCUCUGUCUUUAUUAGCUAUGCUUGUGUCUUUGUAAAUAGGGAACGUGAAGGCAGAGACCAGCAAGAGUUCAGACUGGUUCAAAUGAAUAAAUUGUAAUGCUCUUUAUGGCCAAAUAAAAACUAAAAGCUUCAAAA